CCAAAAAGAUGUUGAAUCCAUUAGUUUCUCAAAAUAAACAGAGCAAAACAGAGCAAAAUCCCCUGUUUUUAGCGUAUUGUGAAGCAAAAUCAAUAGCUAACAUAGCAUUUCCCAUGAUUUUUACUGGGUUGCUCCUUUACUCUCGAUCGAUGAUCUCGAUGCUCUUCUUAGGACGGUUCGGUGAGCUGUCAUUAGCCGGUGGUUCGUUGGCUAUAGGUUUUGCAAAUAUUACUGGUUAUUCGAUCCUUUCGGGCUUUGCUAUGGGAAUGGAACCAAUUUGUGGACAAGCAUUUGGUGCUAAAAGAUAUAAGAUUCUUGGACUUAGUUUACAAAGGACAAUUCUACUUCUUCUAUUGAUUUCGAUACCAAUAUCAUUUUUAUGGUGUAACAUGGAAAGAAUAUUGAUAUUUUGUGGACAAGAUCACGAUAUAGCAAGAGAAGCACAAAAUUACAUCUUGUUUUCAUUGCCUGACCUUUUUACCCUUUCGUUUCUUCAUCCGUUGAGGAUUUAUCUUCGUUCUCAAUCGAUAAUCAUGCCAUUAACUUAUUGUGCUGCACUUGCUAGUCUUGUUCAUAUUCCUAUUAAUUAUUUACUUGUUAUAGUACUUGAUCUUGGGAUUAAAGGUGUUGCUUUAAGUGGGGUUUGGACUAAUUUUAAUCUUGUUGGAUCAUUAAUUGCUUACAUUGUUGUAUCUAAGGUGCAUAACAACACUUGGAGUUCAAUUUCAUUGGAUUGUUUUAAAGGAUGGAAAUCACUUUUGGAUUUGGCAAUUCCAAGUUGUGUGAGUGUUUGUUUGGAAUGGUGGUGGUAUGAGAUCAUGAUUUUGUUAUGUGGAUUGUUGGUUAAUCCUAAAGCAACCGUUGCAUCGAUGGGGAUUUUGAUCCAAACUACGUCGUUGAUAUACAUUUUUCCAUCUUCAUUGAGUUUUGGUGUGUCAACGCGUGUUGGAAAUGAGCUCGGGGCAAAUAGGCCAAAUGUAGCAAGAUUGACAGCACUCGUGGGGCUAUCAUCUAGUUUUGUUUUAGGGCUAAUAGCUCUAACAUUCGCGGUACUAGUGAGGGAUGUCUGGGCAAGUAUGUUCACUCAGGAUCAAGAAAUCAUUGCCCUGACAUCCCUCAUUUUGCCCAUAAUCGGACUCUGUGAGCUAGGGAAUUGCCCACAGACGACCGGUUGUGGGGUACUAAGAGGAACAGCUAGACCAAAAUUGGGUGCCAACAUCAACUUAGGAUGUUUUUACCUAGUUGGAAUGCCAGUGGCUGUGUAUCUAGGGUUUUUUCGAGGGUACAAUUUUACGGGGCUUUGGAUUGGAUUGUUAGCUGCACAAGCUUCAUGUGCAGUGACAAUGUUGUUGGCGAUUUUAUCAAGAACUAAUUGGGAAGAUCAAGCUAAAAGAGCUAAAGAGUUAACUUCAACUAUUGAAUAUGAAGAUGAAGAGAAGUUUAUUAUUAUUGAUGAAGAAAUUCCUCAAAGUUCUUUUGAUAAUUCAUCAGAUUCUUAUUAUCAUAAGAUUGAUGGAAGUUCAAAUGUUUAA